AUGGCCGAAGACCAGCGCGUAAAGGCCGAGACACUCGCCCUGAGACGGCGGUUCAUCGGCUCUUCCUGCAGACUCUUUUUCCCUGAGGAUCCUGUUAAGAUCGUCAGGGGCCAGGGACAGUACAUGUAUGAUGAACAAGGAGCAGAGUACCUGGACUGCAUCAACAAUGUGGCUCAUGUUGGGCACUGCCACCCUCUCGUGGUCCAAGCGGCACAUGAACAGAACCAGGCGCUCAACACAAACAGCCGGUACCUGCAUGACAACAUAGUCAAUUAUGCGCAGAAGCUUUCAGAGACCCUGCCAGAGCAGCUCUGUGUGUUCUAUUUCCUGAAUUCUGGGUCAGAAGCCAAUGACCUGGCCCUGAGGCUGGCCCGCCAGUACACGGGACACCAGGACGUGAUAGUGCUGGACCAUGCAUAUCAUGGCCACCUGAGCUCCCUGAUCGACAUCAGCCCCUACAAGUUCCGGAACCUGGACGGCCAGAAGGAGUGGGUCCAUGUGGCACCACUCCCAGACACCUACCGGGGCCCUUACCAAGACCACCCCAAUGCUGCAGAGGCCUCUGCCAGUGAUGUGGAGCGCGUGAUCGCCAGUGCCCAGGAAAAGGGCAGGAAGAUCGCAGCAUUCUUCGUGGAGUCUCUGCCCAGUGUAGGAGGGCAGAUCAUCCCCCCUGUGGGCUACUUUCCAAGAGUGGCUGAGCACAUCCGCAAGGCUGGAGGGGUCUUUGUCGCUGAUGAGAUUCAAGUUGGCUUUGGUCGUGUGGGCAAGCACUUCUGGGCCUUCCAGCUGCAAGGGGAGGACUUUGUCCCUGACAUUGUCACCAUGGGCAAGCCCAUUGGCAAUGGCCACCCUCUUGCUUGUGUGGUCACAACCCAGGCUGUGGCAACGGCAUUUGAAGCCACCAACGUCGAGUAUUUCAACACGUUUGGGGGCAGCCCCGUGUCUUGCGCUGUGGGGCUGGCUGUCCUGAAGGUUUUAGAGGAGGAGCAGCUGCAGGCUCAUGCCACCUGCGUGGGCAGCCUCCUGAUGGAGCUCCUCCGGCAGCAGAAAGCCAAGCAUCCCAUCAUAGGGGAUGUCAGGGGUGUCGGGCUUUUCAUUGGCGUGGAUCUGAUCAGAGAUGAGGCCACAAGGGAGCCAGCCACCGAAGAGGCACACUACUUGGUGUCCAGGCUGAAAGAGAACUACAUUUUGCUAAGCACUGAUGGUCCUGGGAGGAACGUCCUGAAGUUUAAGCCCCCAAUGUGCUUCAGCUUUAAGGAUGCACACCGUGUGGUAGCAACACUGGAUGCUGUCCUAAGUGACAUGGAGGUGGUGCUGAGCAGCUGUGCUACACUGAGGCUAAAGCCCCACCCUGCCUGUCAGGCCCAAAACCCGCACAACGCAAAGCGAAGCGACCAACAAGCGACGCCCGAAAGAUCACACGCGACCCCAAAAGCCCCACGGGCCACGCAACGAACACGAGGCCGCCGCCGCCAACAACCCCCGGCCCACAGCCCCGCCCCCCCCCGCAGCACAGAACAACAGACGCACAGCCCCCCCGCCAACCCCGCACCCCCACCGCCAGACAAGACCCACCCCGGCCCCCAGCGAGACCCCCAAACCCGAACCCAAACCCCAACAAAGGACAUGCUCAUUGGCUAA